UCCUCAUCCCUUCAUUCUCCUUCACCUGCACCUCCAAUCAAAUUCAAAGCCCUCCCAAUUCCCAAAACUAUCAUCAAUCAAUGCAUCAUCUUUAACGCUUCAUUAAUUUCAUAAAUUUUUCGCCUCAAAUCACAGCUACGCCUAUGUCGCCGAUUCGCCGGAGAUCGGCGCAGUCGGCUGGCGACGAGAAUGAAUUUGAGAGCCUCUGGAGUCAGACGAUUCCCAGUCCUUCUAGACCUCCGCUCAAUUCGAUUCCCGACCCAUCCCAAUCGCAGCUCCAAUCUGAAGACAAGCCAGAGUUGUCUCGGAGGAGAAAGCAUGAAGGAAUGGGAGAAAGGCAGCUCAUUUCGUCUCUUAUGAGAACUCCAAAGGUGAACGGCAGAGCAAAGCCUUCUAAUUCAGAGCCUAAUUCAGCUCAGAGCACUCCCGCGAGAAGUGUGCAUAGGGUUUCUAUUGGUGCCUCUACGCUCACAAGGUUGCCGCCUCAAUUUGGUAAUGGUGGAGGAAGACUGCACCGGGAUUCCGAUUCUCGGAGGUAUUCCAUUGCGACGCCUCAGCAAUUGCUGGCCGAGGUUCCGCAUUUUGAGCUCGAUGACGAUCCCUCCUUCUGGAAUGACCAUAAUGUGCAGGUUUUGAUUCGAAUGAGGCCCUUGAAUAGCUCUGAGAUGGUUUCACAAGGAUAUGGGAGAUGCUUGAGGCAAGAAAGUGCGCAGACAGUGGUUUGGCAAGGCCACCCUGAAACCAGAUUUACAUUUGAUCAUAUAGCUUGUGAAAGUAUAUCACAGGAAAAACUAUUCAGAGUUGCUGGACUACCCAUGGUGGAUAAUUGCAUGUCCGGGUAUAACAGCUGCAUGUUUGCAUAUGGGCAGACUGGCAGUGGAAAGACAUAUACAAUGAUGGGCGACAUUGAUAAUAUGGACGGGAGGCUUGGUGAUGACUGUGGGAUAACACCACGCAUUUUUGAGUAUCUAUUCUCAAGGAUCAGAAAGGAAGAAGAGAGUAGGCUGCAAGAGAGAUUAACAUACAGCUGCAAAUGUUCUUUCCUAGAGAUAUACAACGAGCAUAUAACUGACCUUCUUGAACCUUCAUCUACAAAUCUACAGCUUAGAGAAGACUUGAAGAAAGGGGUAUAUGUUGAAAAUCUUAGUGAGCACCGUGUUAGAACAGUUAGUGAUGUGCUGCACAUUUUACAACAGGGAGCUGCAAACAGGAAGAUAGCUGCAACUUAUAUGAACAGCGAGAGUAGUCGAUCUCAUAGUGUUUUCACCUGCGUCAUUGAAAGCCGUUGGGAGAAAGAUUCAAUGGCCCAUUUUAGAUUUGGAAGACUGAAUUUGGUAGACCUUGCUGGUUCUGAGAGGCAGAAGAGCUCAGGGGCAGAAGGAGAUCGAUUGAAAGAAGCUGCAAAUAUUAACAAGUCACUAUCAACUCUAGGACUGGUCAUAAUGUCUUUGGUGGAUUUAGCACAAGGGAAACAUAGACAUGUGCCUUAUAGAGACUCCAGGCUGACAUUCCUUCUUCAGGAUUCUCUUGGUGGAAAUUCAAAGACAACCAUCAUAGCAAAUGUCAGCCCAUCAAUUUGCUCUGCAAAUGAGACUUUGAGCACUUUGAAGUUCGCACAACGUGCUAAGCUAAUCCAAAACAAUGCAAAAAUAAAUGAAGAUGCUUCUGCGGGUGUCAUUGCAUUGCAGCACCAAAUCCAACAGUUAAAGGGUCAGCUGUCUUUCUUGAUGAAGAACCAGAACAAUCCAAUGGAACUCAGAGACAUUGUUCCUGGAACUGAACAUGGACGCUUGGGUUAUAUUUCUGACGUUCGUAAGCCUUCUGAGGAAAUUAAAGUUCGUGAUGUGUGUGUAACUCAGAAUGAAGAAAAUACGAAGAACAAAUACUUGAAAGCUAACCUUCACAGUGCUCUACGACGAGAGAAAUUGGCUGAGACAGAAAUCAGAAACCUGAAAGUGGAAAUUGAACAUUUAAAUCGUUUGUCUCACCAGCAACAGGAAGAAACUCAGCGUACUAAGAUGAUGCUCAAAUUCAGAGAAGACAAGAUAAAACGAUUGGAAUUGCUGUCUGAUGGGUUGAAAUCUGCUGAUGAGUACUACUUGGAGGAAAAUAGCGCUUUAAGAGAGGAAAACCAGCUGCUACAAGCAAAAAUUGAGAAAAAUCCAGAAGUCAUAAGAUUUGCUAUGGAGAAUAUCAGAUUGCUCGAGCAAAUCAGACUGUUUCAGGAGUUCUAUGAACAGGGUGAAAGAGAAACAUUGCUAGCUGAAAUAUCUGAAUUGCGCAAUCAGCUUUUGGAAUCACUUGAAGCUGGAAAAGGCCACAUUCACCACCACUUCUCUCUAAUGAAAAGAGAUCAGGAACCAGAAGACACAAAAGAGUUAGAACUAUGCAAGAACAUGAAUACACAAUUACUCAGGGAUGUUGAUGAGUUACAACAGCGACUGUUAAACAGAGGGGACUCUAGCCAAGAUACUUUCAACUCUAUGGAUAACCUGUUACUAGGUAAUGAUUGUGCUGAUGAAGUUACAUCCAACCGACUCCAGGAGAAUGAAGUAAUUGAUGAAAAAAAUGAUGAGAAAGUAUACAGAUUUAAAAUUCAGUGCGAGGACUUAGAGGAACAACUGAUGGAUGCACAAGCUUUAAUUCAAACCAUGAAAUCGGAGCAGUCCCAGCUACUCACUGAACUAGAAUCUAUCCAGACAGAAAAUCGGAGCUUGAUGAAAAUGCUCGAGAGGAAUCAAUGCCUUCAUGACAGUGUUGAAAAAUCUGAAGGCACUAGCUUCUUGGCGCUGCAAGCUAAGUUGGAAAAAUUGACUAAGGAGCUGAAGGAAGCAAAGAUACUUAAUGAACAACAUAUUGAAGAUCAUGCAAUGCAAUCUUCCGAACAUCACCAGACAGAAAUGGUGCGAGGUGAAGUUGAAAUGGAAACUACAAGAACUAUCAUACAUUUGCAGGAGGAAAUAGACAGACUACAAUCAGAAUUUGAUGUAUGCUUGUGCUCUAUGACUGAAGAGAACUUAAGUCUCAGAAACAGUGUAGCAGCUAAGGAGGAGGAACUAAGAGUAUUCUGUGCAGAGUGGGAAAGGGCAACCUUGGAGCUAACUACAUUCCUCAUUGAUGGUUCUAGAUCCCUGCGAAAUGCAUCUCAUCAGAUAAAGAGUAUCUCAUCAUCAUUUCCAAAUGUUAAUGAUUGGAUUAAUGAACACGUUGAGAGAGCUGCUCAAGUGUCUGUUGAAAAGGAGGAAACCAUUUUGCUACUUCAAAAAAGUUUGGAAGAUGCACAGAACACUGUGAGGCAUGUAGAAAAUAAUUUAUAUUCCUUAAGGGGAGCAGCAAUUGCUCUGACUGAGUUUCAGCGGCUUGAUAACACUUUAGAGACAGAGGAAAGCCAGAUGUCUAGAAUGCCAAAUGAAUCGACUGAAGUUGAUAAGUUUCCUGAAAAUAGAUCCCAGUCUAGAAACAGCCAGGCUAUAUAUUGUUCUACAAGCACUUCUGAAGUUGUUCAUAAUGAACCAUUAGCAUUUACAGAUGCUCUUGCAUCAACAGAUGUUGACAAACAAAUUCAUUUGGCAACCCUUCCAGGUGGAGAAGGACUUGAUCUACCAGAAAGUGGAAGAACUGAAGCAUGCAUAAACUCUUUCGGAGAGUUGGCUGUUGAGGACACACCAAGUAGUUUUUUCGCAAAAUGUGAGGAGGCUUUUGCUGCCAUGAAAGAGGCUGAUCACACGUUAAAGGAAAUGCUUAAGGCCAAUGAAAAUGCAAAUACAUUGAAAACAAUGUGGAAAGAGGCCGCAGAGGAAUUAAUAUUUGAUAGCGCAAACUUGAGCGAAGGGACAAAACAGUUAAAAUCAUGUGUUCUUAUGAGAGAUGGGGAGAAAAAAUCCCAGCUUAGCUUGAAUAAAAAGGAUUGUAAGUUGUCUUUUCUUGAAGAACGUUUUCCUGCAAUGCAAAUAGAAGUUGAAAAUUUGUUUGAGACAACCUGCAGUGAUGCUAAAAGAGUUGUUGAAGAGACUCUAGGUUGCUUUAGUAGCUUCAGAUUAUCCUUGGAGGACUUAGUGUGCAGAGCAUUGCAGAAUGAUAUUACCAUUCACGUGCUACAGUUACAGAUCAGAGAGUACUCCAAAAAAAUCCAAAGCUCAACUUCAAAUUCUCUUAGAUCCAUAGUCCAAGAACAGUCCAUUGCUUAUGAUAACUUGGAACUAAAUCAUGCAAGUCUUGUUCGUAACCCUGUUCUUCAACCUGUAAAAUAUACAUGUGAAGGAUCACAGGUUGCAAGUGUAUCAAGUGAGGAAAUCAAAGGGUUUGAACUGGUUGAUGGUAAUAAUUCGAAUGAGCGCUCUGUACUCCAGAGAGAGCUCCAGCGCAAAGAUGUUUUAUUGAAAGGGUUACUAUUUGAUUUCAGCUUGCUCCAAGAAUUUGCUUCCGACAGAAUGGACAUCAAGGAUGAAUUGGAAAAGUUAGUUGUUGCCAUGAGCAAUGUUCGGCAAGAGCUGCAGGUCAAAAUUACUGAACUUGAUGAAAUGCUUGUUCAGAAGAUUAAACUUGAAGAUCACUUGUCUGAAGCUGAGCAAGCCUUACUCAACUCAAACUCUGAAUUAAGUCGGGCAAAAGGGACAAUUAGUGUAUUGUCAGAGCAGAAUAAUGCAUUAAAGGAUCUUUCACAAGAUCUAUAUUUGAAAAACUCUGAAGCUGAGCAGCUACUUGAAGAUCAGAGAAAAGCUAUCCAAAGUUUGGAGAAAGAAUUAGUACGGUUAUCUUCAUUACAAGAAAUACAGGAAGAUUAUGAAGGUGCUUUAACAGAGGUGACUACUGAGAGAGAUCUUCUCCUUGAAAAGUUAACCUCUUUGCAAGAAAAGUUGGAUAUUGCAUCUGCUUUAGCUGAUGAAAACCAAGCUAUCGCUGUGGAAGCCCGACAGGAGUCAGAGACCAGCAAAUUGAAUGCUCAGCAAAAGGAAGAGGAGGUUAAGAUUUUAGAACGUUCUGUGGAGGAACUUGAGAGUACCAUAAAUGUACUGGAGAAGAAAGUGCUUGAAAUGGAAGAAGAAGUUGAACAACAGAAGCUGAUAAGAGAUUCAUUGGAGUUGGAAAUUCAAGAACUUAGAGACAGAUUAUUAACUGUUGAAGACAUCACUGAAAGUAUGACUUCGGAGAGCUCUUGUUCAGCAGCAUUUGAUGAACAACGUUCAAGGAUGUUGCAUCACAGGUCUCAGGAAAGUAGUGAGAACCGUCGUCGCAUAAGAUUUCUUGAAGAGGAGAAUUCAAAACAAGCUAAAGAGAUCAGACGGUUCAAAGAUUAUAUUUCUGAACUCAUUCUGCACGCUGAAGCACAGGCAUCUCAGUAUCAACAAAGGUAUAAGACCUUGGAAGCAAUGGUUGAUGAAGUUAAAACAGAUGCAGCAAAUGUAUCUGCUGGGUGCAUCUCAGAAAGAGCUGAUAAAAUUGCAGCGAGAACUAGAGGUUCGAGUUCACCAUUCAGAUGCAUAAGUACUCUGGUUCAGCAGAUGAACCAAGAGAAGGAUCAGGAGUUGUCAAGUGCUAGUCUUCGUAUAGAAGAGCUGGAGGCACUGGCAGCCAAUAGGUAUAAAGAGGUGUGUACACUGAAUACUAAACUGGCAAGUGCUGAAAGCAUGACACACGAUGUCAUUCGUGACUUACUCAGUGUCAAAUUGGACAUCUCGAAUUAUGCUACUAUCAUUGAGCAACAUCAACUGCAAAAGUUGAUUGAGGAAGCUCAUCAACAUAAACAAGAUUUUGUUGCUAUGGAGCGCGAAAUUGUCAACCUGAGGAGUGAAAUUCAUGAGUUAGAAGAACAACGAGAAAGAUGCAUCUCAGAAAUUCAUAAAACAAACACGGACCGACUUACCAUUCAAAUUGCUUUAGAACAAUUACAGGAACGAGGUCAGUUGUUGAUCGCACAAAAUGAUAUGCUUAAGAUGGACAAGAGGAAUCUACAAAAGAGGGUAGCUGAACUAGACGACAUGGUUAGGAAGCUAUUCAGCAUGCAAGAGUCCCAACCCCCAAGUCGGAACCAACCCAGAAACUCAAGUUUCUCAAGGUCAUUUGGAUCCGAUCUUUCUGAGAGGUUGGCCCACUCACAGAAAGUGCUCUCAAGAGUCAAUGAUCAACUUGCUCAGUACCCAAGGCCUGAUGGCACUUGCCCGGAUGCCAAAGUUCAGGCAAACGCUCAGUUGAAAGGUUACAAAAACCAUUAUCAGAAUCAUUCGUGAUAAUCACAUGAACAGAUGGACAGGGCUGUCUUCAAACAGCCUAUGUGUAGUAUGUAUAGAGUUAUUUAUUGUGUGGGGUUGUAUUUAUAGUGUAAAUUGCUGGAGCUGGUUAUUACAAUUUAGCUGCACCAUUCCUCUUCCUAUUCUUCUGGCAAUUGAAAUAAUUUUGUUUCA